UGCAACAGAAACGUGUCGUGCACGCGCAGUAGCUGUUUGCCGCCAGUCAGCUCGUCGUUGAUAACCGCAACACGCGGCUUGUGACUAGUUUUAGUCCAAACGAUCAAGUUCUGGCGUAAUACACUUGUGCUUUUUAGCUUUGUUUGGAUUCGAAUCGACUGGGUUCGCAACAGUAGCAGAAGCGAACAGCAGAUCCGGGUUUUGGCGCUCGUUUGCGGAGUUGGGAUUCUAAAGCUUUGUAGGCCGCAGUGUCUGAGAUCAACAACAACAUGGCCGAUGAUUUGGACAUCGAAGCAAUGCUCGAGGCUCCAUAUAGAAAGACUUGCCUAUAUCUCACCUCUACUCCCAUGAAUUCCAGUGUGAACUGUCAAAAAAAUGAAGGGCAAGAUGUGUGACUGAGGUGGCAUCGAGCUCUUUCAAUCCACGAAGGCAAAUGGGGUGAAGAUCACUGGAAUGGCAUCCACCACUGGAGCUCGUUUAGUGGCUGGCUGCUAGCGUUGCCACUUUGGGUCUUAGGCUCAGAUAGCCUUGGUACUGAAGCUGUUGGGCUGCCUCAUGAAUGAAUGAAGUGCCUAAAAAUGCAAUGUUAUUUGACAUACCCAGCAUAGCACUAGCACUUGAAUUUUUUUUUUUUUUUUUUUUUUUUUGGUCGCCUUACACAAGUAAUACAAGCACUAGUAAGGAAGAACGACUUUGGAAGCUAUGUGGUUGGUUUCCUUUUAAAGGUCCCCCUUGUAUUUGUCAUCCUCCCGCCCAAACCCUGUAAUGAACUCCUAUUUAAUGAUCAUAUCAUGUUCUCUUUUGUUCCCAUCCCUUCUUUAUCCUUACGACUUGAAAUGUUUCGCCGUCCUCCUCAUGCUGUCUUCUAUCGACCCUGCUUAGGAUGACAACAAGUCCUUAAGUUCCAAUGGCCACGAGGAGCGGAGCAAGAAGAAAAAGAAGAGCAAAAGUCGCAGCAGAAGCCACAGUCGGGAAAAGAAAAGAAGCAGGAGUCGUGAUCGCAAGAGAAGCCAUGACCGCAGGAGGAGCCGCAGCAAAGAUCGGAAGCGCAGCCGCAGCAGGGAGAGACGACGCAGCCGUUCCAGGAGCAGGGAGCGUGGUGGUCGCUACAAAGCUCCAUUUUCUGGCCUGAAAUUUAACGGUGGUCCCAGGGGGAAGACUGGCCCACCACCUGCCAUCAAACUAAGCCGUAGAAGGUCUAGAAGCCGCAGUCCUUUCAAGAAAGAGAAAAGCCCUAUAAGGAAGCCCAUUGAUAAUCUCACCCCCGAAGAAAGGGAUGCACGCACAGUGUUUUGCAUGCAGCUGGCAGCCAGGAUCCGGCCACGAGACUUGGAAGAAUUUUUUUCUGCAGUGGGAAAAGUGCGAGAUGUGAGAAUUAUCUCUGAUAGAAACUCUAGAAGAUCUAAAGGAAUUGCAUACAUUGAGUUUGUGGAUACCACCUCUGUACCUUUGGCAAUUGGCCUGUCUGGUCAAAGACUACUCGGAGUACCAAUCAUUGUGCAGGCUUCACAGGCUGAGAAAAACAGAGCCGCUGCAUUGGCCAACAACUUGCAGAAGGGCAGUGCUGGACCUAUGAGACUUUAUGUUGGCUCAUUGCAUUUUAAUAUCACAGAAGACAUGCUCCGAGGCAUCUUUGAGCCAUUUGGAAGGAUUGAUAGUAUUCAACUGAUGAUGGACAGUGAAACAGGACGAUCAAAAGGAUAUGGCUUUAUCACAUUUUCUGAUGCUGAAUGUGCCAAGAAGGCUCUGGAACAGCUUAAUGGCUUUGAGUUGGCUGGCAGACCAAUGAAAGUGGGACAUGUGACGGAGAGGACUGAUGCCUCCACUGCCAGCUCCUUCCUGGACAACGAUGAGCUGGAAAGGACAGGCAUUGAUCUGGGAACUACUGGUAGACUUCAACUCAUGGCCAGACUGGCCGAAGGUACUGGUCUGCAGAUCCCACCUGCUGCACAGCAGGCCCUUAACAUGAGUGGCUCCAUGGUAGCCAUGGCUGCAGCUACUGCUGCUAUGAACCCUGGAUUGAGUUUUAACCUCAAUAUGCCCCCAAACCAAGCAUUGAAUCUACCAUCACAACCAAUUGCAACGCACUGUUUCCAGCUGUCUAAUAUGUUCAAUCCAAACUCAGAAAAUGAUCUUGGUUGGGAAAUUGAGAUUCAGGAUGAUGUCAUUGAGGAGUGCAACAAACACGGUGGAGUCAUACACAUAUACGUGGACAAGAAAUCAGCUGAAGGUAAUGUCUAUGUGAAGUGUCCCAGCAUUCCUGCUGCUAUGGCUGCUGUCAGUGCGUUACAUGGACGUUGGUUUGGAGGUAAAAUGAUCACAGCAGCUUAUGUUCCUCUUCCUACAUACCACAACCUUUUCCCAGAGUCAGUGCAGGCAACACAGCUUCUUAUGCCCAGUCGCCGGUGAUCAAUCACCUCUGGAAGACUCAACUUUUUCAGCCUUGUUCUUUUUAACUUUUGGACAACAAUAACCGUUCUGCAAGCUGUGGCACAGUUGUUUUUGUUUCCUUUUAAGUUGGUUACAAAACCAAUAAGUUUAAAAGUUUCACUUGAAUAGUGUCCUUACAGGUCUUGGACAUUGAGAGAAGUUCUGUGGUGUAAAAGAAGUUUCCUAUGUACAGCCUACUUAUUGAAUUUUGCUUCUUGAUCUUUAAUUGUUCAUAUUUUUCUCCCCUUCCACAUUGUCUUUGUGAUUGAUCUGAUUGGCAUGUUUCUCACUUGAGGAAGUGUACAAUUUUGACAGAUACACAAGUCUUGAAUUUAAACUGCGAUUUUGAUCAGACAUUAAUUCAACUUUUUGGCUCUAUGAGCUGUGGCAACUAAAUGGCUGACAAUUAUCUUUUGUUCAUUUAGAGACCAUAAAGUUUAGAGACAUCUUGUUUUUCUAAUCAAGAUUUGAUUUUUGUAAAGUCCUUGAGGAAAGUUAAUUUCAAAUAAAGCCAAGAUAACUAAAAAAAAAAAAAA